CGGGGUUGUUGGGUGUUAGGGGGGUGUUGGGGGUUGAGUGAUUAUGAUUCUGUGGGAAUGGAUGUGUGUAUGCAAUGGGUGUGUUGGUAGUAUGGUUGUUGUUGUUGUUGAUGUUGGUGGUGGUGUUGUGAGGUUGUGUGUGUUAGGUCUAUGUUUGGGGUCAGUCUCAGUCCGUCUGUAUGAUAUCAAGGUUGGGUAGGGGAUAGGAGCUGGUGUACACUUGGAGUAUAGCAGUGUCUACUCAUCUCAUGAAAUAGACAUGAUCUACGAUUGCA